GUCUGCAACCAGGCAGACAGCUACUAGGAUCAAAGUACUGCCUACAGCCUACCCAUGGGUGCGCGGCCACUGUUGCCGUUACUGCUGCUGUCGUCCCUCGCCGCAGCGCAGUUCUACGAAGUCCCGCAGCCGCUCGUCCAGGCCCUCAAGCCACGAGGACUCCGAAUCUCCAUACCAGAUGACCUGGGGGUGGAGCUGUUUGCAGUUCACGCCAAUGUGAACAAAGCGAUCUCGCUUCUGGAGGCGGGGCAGAUCUCAGUGGACAUCACCAGGCCCAAGAAUGGCCGCUGGGUCUACGAGGACCGGCGCGUGCGCCUCAAGCCUGGUGACGUCAUCAACUACUGGGUGUACGUGCAAGCCGAUGGGAGGGGCUACCGCUUAGAUGACCAGACCUUCACUGUCUCAGAACUAAUUGAUCCUGACAGUGGAGUACCAGAUACUGGACCUGUCACACAAGGCACUACUAAACCAGUCACGAAUUCACCACCAGUGACAAAACCAACAGUCACACCUAAACCACCAGAGAAGUGUGACAACACAAUAACAACUGUCAAUGGAAAGCCUGCUUGCAAGGGGCACAUCAUUUUCGAAGAUACUUUCUCGACACUAAAUCCAAGCAAAUGGCAGCACGAGAUACAGCUGGCUGGUGCUCCCGAUUACCAGUUUGUUGUGUACACAGACAGUGAAGAGAAUACUGUUGUGAAAGAUAGCAAGUUGUUUAUCAAACCCACACUGCUUUCUCCAGGUGACAGCAAUUACAUUUACACUGGAAAACUUGAUCUACCAAGUUGUACUAGCAUUCCAGAUGGACCAGAGUGCAAGAAAGUUGCUGAUGCCUGGUCAAUACUGCCUCCAGUAAAAUCAGCCAAACUAACCACAAAGCUCUCAUUCUCAUUUGCAUAUGGUGUCAUAGAAGUCCGUGCUAAAUUACCAAUGGGUGAUUGGAUUUUCCCUGAGAUUUGGCUUGAACCAAAGGAAAAUUUUUACGGACGUCGCAACUAUGAGUCAGGUCAGAUAACAAUUGGGAUGGCACGAGGAAAUGAAGAUUUAACAAAGGAUGGUGCUCAACUUGGCAACCAAGUAAUUGAAGCAGGUUGCAGACUUGGGCUGAAUAGAAAAAUUCGCAAUGAGAUGUACUCGAGGAGUAGUGGAGCCCCUUUUGCAUCUGACUUCCAUGUUUACAAAGUUAUAUGGACUCCAGAUCAGCUGGUGUUUGUUGUUGAUGGUAUGGAGAUUGGAAGAGUUCGACCACCACUAGGUGGCUUUAGUGGCUUGCAAGAAUUUGCUUCAUCACCUACAGUUCCUUGGAAGUCUAAACUUGCACCAUUUGACAGAGAGUUCUACAUUACUUUGGGUGUUGGAGUUGGAGGACAUCUAGAAUUUCCUGAUGGGUGUUUAUCACAUAAGCAUCCAAAGCCAUGGAGAAACAGGGAAACAAAGUCCAUUCUACGUUUCUACAAGGACUUAGAUAACUGGUAUCCAACAUGGGAUUCUCAGAAGUCUGCACUGGAAGUGGAUUAUGUGAAAGUAUGGGCUGUGUAGUUUAUUUCUCUGCCUUGGAAGUCUAAGUUAUUUUUAUUUAUUAGGGGUUUAUCAUAUUUCAAAUUUAGUAAGUUUGUUUUCCAGCCAGUAAUUUUCUUUUGGAUAUGCAAUGAAAUUAAGAAAAUAAAAACUUUUUUAUAAAUAG